GUUGGCCAGCUACAAUCAGGAAGUUGUUGAAUUACACGUGAAUUCAUCGCGCAGUGGAGUUAUCUGCUGUUUAGUCACAAGAUCUUCAUUAGAGUUGUUUAUUUCUCCCGGCAGAAGUGACAGAAGAGCAGAGGAGAGCGGGAGAUAAGCGUGUUAUAUAUUGCCAUUAUGCCAUGGCAUCUCUGGGCACCUACUUUGUGCAAAUCAAAUUCGAUGACAUCCUCUUCUACGAGAACUGCGGCGGAGGAAGUUUCGGGAGCGUGUAUCGCGCCCGCUGGCUCUCACAGGACAAAGAGGUGGCGGUGAAAAAACUCCUGAAGAUUGAGAAAGAGGCAGAGAUUUUGAGUGUUCUUAGUCAUAGAAAUAUUAUCCAGUUUUAUGGAGCAAUACUGGAGGCACCAAACUAUGGAAUUGUUACAGAGUACGCCAGUGGUGGAUCUCUGUUCGACUAUCUGUCCAGUUCUGAGAGUGAAGAGAUCAGCAUGAAACAGAUUAUGACCUGGGCAAUCGACAUCGCUAAAGGGAUGCAUUAUCUGCACACUGAAGCCCCGGUUAUAGUCAUCCACAGAGACCUCAAGUCCCGAAACGUUGUCUUGACUACAGAUAAAAUACUCAAGAUCUGUGAUUUCGGGGCGUCUAAGUUUCAUUCACACACCACUCACAUGUCUCUGGUGGGCACAUUUCCUUGGAUGGCCCCCGAAGUCAUCCAGAGUCUUCCUGUGUCUGAGACCUGUGAUACGUACUCGUAUGGAGUGGUCCUGUGGGAGAUGCUGACACGUGAAAUUCCCUUCAAAGGUCUGGAGGGCCUGCAGGUGGCUUGGCUGGUGGUUGAGAAGAAUGAGAGGUUAACAAUUCCCAGUAGCUGUCCAGCCAGUUUUGCCUGUCUGAUGAGAAGCUGUUGGCUGACAGAACCCAAAGACAGGCCAAUGUUCAAACAAAUUCUGUCCACGUUGGAGUCCAUGUGGAGCGACACACAGUUACCUGAUGAGUGCAACACUUUCCUGCAUAGUAAAGCUGACUGGAGAUGUGAGAUUGAGGCGACUCUAGAGCGUCUGAAGCGUUUGGAGAGAGACCUGAGCACCAAAGAACAAGAGCUGAAGGAGAGAGAGAGACGACUGAAGAUGUGGGAGAGGAAACUGAUCGAGCAGUCCAACACACCCCUUCUUCCAAACCUGGCGAUUCACUCCUGGACAGAAGAACAUGUGCAUUUCUGGAUGCAGCAGAUCUUUGAAGGAGAUGGAGAGCUGCAGCAAUAUUCUGAUGUCUUUAAGCAGAACCACAUCACAGGACAGAGACUCCUGCUCCUGUCUGAGAAUGACAUGAGAGAUCUGGGCGUCAUGUCCAAAGGACACAUCAUACACCUGAAGAAUGAAAUUGAGAAGCUAACCCAAGACUACUUGAGCCUCUUCCACUUUCCUCCACUGAUCAAGGACGGUUCGGUCGUUGAGGAAGAGGAGGAGUGCAGGAAAACUGUCAAUCUGGAGUUAGUGUUUGGAUAUCACUGGAAAGCAGGCACAGGACACAAGGACUGUAAAUGGAAAAUGUACAUGGAGCGUGAUGGGGAUGAAGUGGCAAUAGCAUACAUCAAAGACGUGACCUUUAAUGCCAACAGAGCGGAUGUAGAUGUAUUAAAGAUGACCAAGCCUCCGUUUGUGAUGGAUAAAUGGAUAGUUGGAGUAUCUGGCACACAAACCGUUGAGUGCAUAGUUAACUAUGAGAGUAACGUGAGAUCCCCGAAGUCUACAAGACAUGUGCACACAGUGCAAUGGGGUCAGGACAGCGGUAGAGAUGUCAUUAAACCCGUCGAGCUGAUCAUCGAUACAGCACCAACCAAUAGAGAAGGACACAACAGAGGCAGGUCCAAUUCAGGUGUUGAUCCCAGAUGGAUUUACAAUCUGAGAAUGAAGCAGAUCAACCAGCAGGCGGCCCAUAACUCCACAAGCCGCCCUGAUAACAUGACGCUCCCUCAGUUCCUGUCUGCUCUCGGGAACCAAUCAUCUUACGCCGCCGCUGUGAGGAGAUCGCCCAAUCGCAGCCCUUUCUGUCCGUGGACAGACUCGCGAAGCUCCUCUCCUACCCUCUCAGUCAAACUGUCCAACAUGCAUCUGGGGUCAAAGGGCAGCAGCCCAUCCAGCACAACAUCAGAGAGCGCCUCUGAGCGAGAGCGCCCCCCUAGCGCUGGAUCCAAACACAGCUACAGCAAGAACAGUUACUAUGAGCACACUCUAAAGAUCACCGGAGGAGGACGAGGAGGAGGUGCUAGGAGGUCCUCUGCGGGACCUAAUCACUUUAAAGGAUUUAAAGGACCCCAACAAGCAGGGCGACCGCGACACAACCAGCGGCCGAUUCCAGGGAUGUCACUUGAGACUGAAAGGGUGAAGCAAAAAGGGCAGACUGAAGAGGGUGGGGCUAGUGAUGGGGAAUGGAUCAAAGUAGAAAGAAAAAAACCUAAUAAACAGGAAUGCAAACACCAGGAAGUGAGGCAGACCAGAGGUCGCCCAAAAAGAGGAGGGAGAGGAGGUGGGCGUGGCCGAAGUUGAGGUUUUCCCCAGUCCUAGGGAGGACCUGUCAAUUGUCACCUAACACUGGUUGUUGCGAAUGGGUUUUGUCAGUUAAGGCAUUGCCUAAAUUGGCAUUAGUAGUAAAAUAUAAGUAGUACAUAAACUGUCUUUAAGUAGUUAUCAGAAACACUCAUGUUAAAUGACAUAUAUAGGAUUUUUCUUAUUUUAAAAAUAUAAAACAUUCAUAUUCCUAUACAACCAGAGCUUAAACUUGUACUUUUUAAGAAUGUAUAUUUUCUUUUUAAAUGUAGAUUUUCUAAUGGUGAUAAUCAAGUAUCUUUUCUAUUAAGCUGUCACUUGUCUCCCUGCAAAAUAAGAUGAUAUCAUUUUCUUUUAUUAUGUCAAAUUAUUUAUUUUAUAUGAUAUACUUUGAGGUGUAUAUUUAUUAUGAAAUUUGAUGUUUUAUGUCGAGCUGAGUAUGUUAUUAAAAAAUUACAAUUUAAAGGACAUUGCCUCUUUCAUCUAAAGCUGUAAAGACAGGAUUUCGCGCGAUUUGUGAGUCCUUGAGAUCAGAAAUUUGGCGCCACAGCUAAAGAUCCUGGAAGGGCACUUCAUGUCAAAUGGCGUGUAUGUGUGUUUUUUUG